GAAAAAAAGUGGAAUAAUUACUUUUCAGCCAAAAAAGAUAUUCCAUUUCAUCUUCUCUUUCUCUUUCUCUUUCUCUUCUCUCUCCAUCUUCUUCCCUGCAAAACAACCAUAAAAACCCAUUUCUUUUCCUACAUUUUCACCUCUGAUUCUUCAUCACUCUGCAAACAAACAAAAAAACCUUCCAGUUUCAGACAAAGUGUUUGAAUCUAUCAAGGGAUAUCAAGAUCAAACCCAAGGGAGAAAAGGGUAAUUAUGUCUUUUAUUGGGACACAGCAGAAAUGCAAAGCUUGUGGAAAGACUGUUUAUCCAGUGGAGCUUUUGUCUGCUGAUGGUGUUGAUUAUCACAAGUCAUGCUUCAAGUGUAGCCAUUGCAAGGGAACCCUUAAGCUGAGCAAUUACUCGUCAAUGGAAGGUGUAUUAUACUGUAAACCUCACUUCGAGCAGCUGUUCAAGGAGAGCGGAAAUUUCAACAAGAACUUCCAAUCACCUGCAAAGUCUGCUGAGAAAUUAACGCCACAGCUGACAAAGUCACAAAGCAAAGCUGCCGGUAUGUUUUCUGGCACCCAAGACAAAUGUGCUACUUGUGGCAAAACAGCUUAUCCUCUUGAGAAGGUGACAGUGGAGAACGAAGCAUAUCACAAGUCGUGUUUUAAGUGCUCGCAUGGAGGAUGCUCGUUAUCGCCGUCAAACUACGCAGCACUUGAAGGAAUUUUAUACUGCAAGCAUCAUUUCUCGCAGCUAUUUAAGGAGAAGGGUAGUUACAAUCAUCUCGUCAAGUCCGCAACCAUCAAACGCUCUGCCGCAGCCGCUACCGCAGCCGCAGCCGCAGCCGCCGCAGCCACCGGUGUUCCUGAAGCUUGAAACUUGGUUCAAAUAUAUCAUCUUACCAGUGGACGUUUGGUUUGUUCUAAUUUUCCGCUUGGUUGUCGUUGAUGAUUACUCUUGAUUUUCUAGCCUUUUGAUGUGGUUCAACACAGGCAAACUCCCUCGCCCAUGUGUGUCGGUUCAAGGUUGGUUUGUGUUCGAUAUGUCGGUUUCGGGUUUGGGUAUUUAUUUUGGUUCAUAGAUUUGGGUUUAGAUUUUAAUUAUCAUAGACUACUAGUUAGUAACAAG